AUGGCGACCGAUGUGCAGCUCAGGGAGUGGGUCUCCGACAAGCUCAUGAGCCUCUUGGGCUACUCCAAGGACGUCGUCGUCCAGUACGUCAUCAGGCUUGCGAAGGAGUCCUCUUCAACGGGUGACCUCGUGGGCAAGCUCGUCGAGUUCGGGUUCACCUCGUCUGCGGAGACCCGUGCCUUCGCGUCGGAUGUCUACGCCAAGGUUCCCCGCAGGGCCAGCGGCAUCUGUAAUUACCAGAAGCAGGAGAGGGAGGCGGCAAAGCUUGUCCAGAAACAGAGCACUUACAAGCUGUUGGCCAACGAGGAUGACAAUACUGACAACCAGACACCAACAAGUCAAAAGACCUCAACAAAUCCAUCAUCUAAGAGUCGGAAGCAUUUCAGGAGGAAAGCAGAUCAAGACAGUGGUGAUGAUGAAAUAGUGGCAAAAAAUUCUGGAAGGAAUGUCCAUCGGCGAACAGAAGAGGAGGAUGAAGAAGGUGGCGCCGGCAGUUCUGAUGAAGAGAAAGAAAGGAUUAGAGGUCAGCAGGAAAAGGCCCAGCUAGAAAUGAACAUGAGAGAAAGAGAUGCGGCUAACACAAGGAAGUUGAUGGAGCGACAAUUAUCUAAGGAAGAACAAGAAGAGCUUACUAGAAGAUCUCAAGCAAUGGACAAGAAUGACACAUCUGAUCUGAGAAAAUUCUCAAGGCAAGCAUACCUGCAAAAGUGA